AUGGAUCUCGUAAUUUUACAAGAGAAAGUUUCUGAGACAAAAGAUCUUGCAAUUCAAGCUCUUCAGUUUGAGAACCAGAAGCUUAAGCAACAGCAGCAGGCUUCACCACAAAAUGUAUCUCCAGUGAGAAGAAGGCCCCUGGAUCAGUACAAAUUGAAGAUAAUGGAAUACCAGUCAGCCCUCAAUCAGCGUGACCAGGUGAUAGGCACGCUACAAACAAGGCUGGCAGAAUUGGUGCAACAGCGAGAUGAGGCCUUAACAGAUGCAGCGCAACAGACAGAUAAUUUUGGAAGGGAGGUGGAAACACUAAAGUUACAGCUGCAAGAAGCAACUGAUGCCUUGUCCAAGAAGUGGGUGACAGGAGUAAAUCCUCGGGAACAUCUGGUGCUAAAGAAUAAGUUAAUAGCCGUCCAACAGACUAUAGAUCAGGAUCGCCAGUUUUUAGAGGAAAUGACUAGGCAGCUGACGGACAAAACAGACCGAUGUAAUUUAGUCGAACACAAAUACAAGCAGUGUUUACAAAAAUACAAGCAAUUGCAAAUUGAUAAUGAAGACUUGAAAAGUAAGAACAAGAUUGGUGAAGGAAAUCUAGCACAUUUAGAAGAGGAAAAGAAAAAAGUGGAAGAAAAACUUGCUGAGGCAAAUGAGAGAAUUGCAUCACUCUCUAAGGAACAAAAACAAACGGUUUCAGAAAUUCAAAAUCUUAUGGGGAAGCUGACAGGAUGUACAGUUGACUUCGCAGCAGCUAGAAGAGCACAGAGACAUGAACACCUUCAGAGGAUAUUUCAAGGCGCAAGAAUCACUGACACAGAAAUGGCCAAAAUAAAUGAACAUCGUGGCUUUGAAAACUGGCAGCAAGAAGACCAUCACUCACUUAUGGAGAAAAAGCUUCGGUUUAAUGCAGGAACUGCCUACAUUGAACUGAAUGCAGAGUUAGUAGCUUGA